CUCCCUAACGUUAGCAAGAGCAGUUACGUCGCGUACGCAUCAAACGUGUAACAGUUUCGGACCAUGAAAAGUUUGUCUCUUCUUUGAUUCCCCUGAUGCUCUUUAGCUUACCCUCGCUACAUGCAAGUCUUUGGUUCACAUUCUUCUCUGUUCUGCUCUCACCUGUGACUCGUGACUCGUGAUCCCUUCCUUUGCAAUUCAAUUUCAGAGGAAAAUGAUGGCUACCCAUGUUACCAGCGGUGCUGGUCUCUCUGUUUUCUGUCAGAGGGAGAGUAUUCACAGAGUGAGAGCUGUCGCUUCUGAGCGUCCUCCUGCUCCUUCGAAAAUCGAGGAAGAGAAGGUGAAAUUGGGGGGAUCUGAUUUGAGGGUGACAAGGCUUGGCAUUGGAGCUUGGUCAUGGGGUGACACCAGCUACUGGAACAACUUUCAGUGGGACGACAGGAAACUGAAGGAUGCUAAGUCUGCCUUCAGUGCCAGUGUUGAUUGCGGUAUAACCUUUUUUGAUACUGCUGAAGUCUAUGGCUCUAGGUUCUCAUUUGGUGCUGUAAAUUCAGAAACUCUUCUGGGAAGAUUCUUCAAGGAACGGAAAGAAACAGAUUCUGAAUUUGAGAUUGCUAUUGCAACAAAGUUUGCAGCUUUGCCUUGGAGGCUAGGACGUCAAAGUGUCCUAACUGCCCUCAAGGAUUCACUUUGUCGCCUUGGAGUUUCUUCAGUAGAGCUCUAUCAACUGCAUUGGCCUGGAAUAUGGGGAAAUGAAGGGUAUCUUGAUGGCCUUGGAGAUGCUGUGGAGCAGGGCCUUGUGAAAGCAGUUGGCGUUUCAAACUACAGUGAACGCCGACUUCGUGAUGCUUAUGAGAGGCUUAAGAAAAGAGGUAUUCCAUUGGCCUCAAACCAAGUAAAUUACAGCCUUAUAUAUAGGGCGCCAGAGGAGAAUGGAGUGAAGGCAGCCUGUGAUGAACUUGGGAUAACUUUGAUUGCAUAUUCUCCCAUUGCUCAAGGAGCUCUUACAGGGAAGUAUACACCAGAAAAUCCACCAACUGGCCCUCGAGGCAGAAUUUACACACCGGAGUUUCUAACAAAGCUCCAACCUCUGUUGAAGAGAAUCAAGGACAUAGGAGAGAACCACAGUAAAACUCCCACACAGGUGGUCUUGAACUGGCUAAUAGCACAGGAAAACGUAGUUCCAAUUCCAGGAGCAAAAAAUGCAGAACAGGCCAAGGAAUUUGCAGGUGCACUUGGGUGGAGACUCACAAGCGAAGAGAUCGAUGAGCUGCGCUCCAUGGCGUUGGAGAUACAGUCUGUUAUUGGCUUUCCCGUUGAGAAGUUAUAAACUUUAUUCGUGCAUUUAAACAAAUGCAAGUUCAUAGAGAUAAUCUUAUAAUUGGAAAUUGCCCAAAGUCAUACGUAUACAAAUUAAAAAUAAAAUAUUAUAAAAAUUAAAACAUAAUAUUGAUAUCUUAUAA